AUGGACGACUCUCAAGAAGUCAAAGAUGAUAUAGUUCAAAAUGGGUCUGGUUUUAAAAUUCAACGACGUAAAAUUGUUUCACCAACAACCUCAAACAAAUCAACUUCAACUCCACAAAAUCUAAUGAUUCAAGCAAGUAAGAUGAAGAAUUCAAAGAUAAAUGAAAUUAAGAAAAGGAAAAGGGAUUUUUUGAAAAGAAUUAAUUACACUCAUACUUUAACAGUUGUGGUUUUACCAGCUUUAACUUUGAUUUAUAUACUAUAUUCUAAAGAAAGUAUUCUACCUGGGAACGAAAGGACAUUAUACUUCCUUACAUUUUAUUAUAAUUUUACAAUGUUAAUGUUUACGGCAGGAUAUCAUAAAUAUUUUGCUCAUAAUUCAUACAAGAUACGGUAUACUUGGUUAAAAAUUUUAUUAGCAAUUUUUGGAUCUAGUUUAGGUUUAGGUUCGAUACGAUGGUGGGCAGGCUUACAUAGAGCUCAUCAUCAUUUCACAGAUGAUACUGAGAAGGAUCCAUACUCAAUCAAAAGGGGUUUAUUAUUUAGCCAUUAUGGGUGGAUUAUAAAAAGUCCUAAAGUUGUUAAAUUUUACAAUGAAUUUAUAGAGCAAGAAUUUCCUCAAAAUUUUGAUAGUAAAGAGAAUCAAACUAUUGAAAAGGAACAAAGUGAAAUUUUUGGACUAACGGAUGAGUUUGAUCUUGAUGAAGAAGAUAUAGAAGAUAAUUAUAAUGAGAAUUUGAAAAAUUUAUUAAAUUGGCAACAGAGAACUUAUCUAAUAUGGUUUUUCAUUACUACAAUUAUUAUACCUGGUCUAAUAACAAAAUUCAUAUGUCAAGAUACAUUUUUACAUGGUAUAGUAUAUCCUGGGAUUUUCAGAAUGUUUCUUUGUCAACAAUCAAUGCUAAGUACAGAAUCCAUAUGUCACUACAAAAAAAUUCAAGUGACUAUACCGAAUCAACCAUUUAAUGAUAAAAAUUCAUCACAAAAUUGUUCAAAUCCUUUAGUCUCACUCAUAACUUAUGGUCAAUCUCAUCAAAAUUAUCAUCAUGAAUUCCCUCAUGAUUAUAGGUGCAAUAAUAGUAUUUUCACUUAUGAUCCAACAAAAUGGUUUAUUUAUACUUUAUCAAAAAUAGGAUUAGUUUCUGAAUUAUGUAAAACUCCUACCAAUUUAGUAGAGCAUUUAAAAUUACAACAACAACAAGAAAUAUUAAAUAGAUUAAGAAGUCAAUUAAAUUGGGGAACUCCAAUUCUGAAAUUACCUUUAAUUACACCAAAAGAUUUUAAAAAAAUCAUUUCAUCAUCAUCAAAUAAAGAUAGAAUAUAUAUAGUAAUACAAAACAUUAUUCAUGAUAUAACCCCUUUUAUGGAUCAACAUCCAGGUGGAGUUCCUUUAUUAAAAGCAUCACAUGGAAAAGAUGCAACUAAAGCAUUUUAUGGUGGAGUUUAUGGUCAUCUGACAGCAGCUAUAAAUCUUUUAGCAACUAUGAGAAUUGGUAUUUUAGAUAAUGGUAAUGAUGAAGAAGUAUGGAAAAGAGUAGUAAAAGAAGAAGGAGACGUAAGAGAAGUUUCUGAAUCAUCAAGAAAUAAUUCAAGUCGGUAUAAAACUGCUGAAGCUGCUUAA